AGAUCUACACAAAGACGCACGCCAAGCCUAUAAGUUGCGUCAUGGUCGUCUCACCGCACAUCCAACAAAGAGCAUACAAUUCUGGCUGUAAACCAAGUUUUAUUUUUUAUUUAUUUAUUUUGACUAGCUCAAAGGCAAGACAUUCAUUCUUUCUCUGCCACAUUAAAUCAUGUUCAACAUAAACAAACGCCAUUGCGUUGCAAAAUCCAGAUUCCCAAGUCGACGUUACAUUACGAAGAGGAGGUUCGUAUCUGCAACCAGUUAGUGAUGGACGGAAAGAUAUAGCUGCGAGGCAUCUUACCCAGAGGAUGACUGCAUGAAAGCUGUGGCUUCUGCGUGUAUUUGGUGUCGAGCACGUCUCGGAUGCUGUUGAGGAGCUGGACGUAGCUCUGCUGAGGGUUUUGUUUCAAGGCUGUGAUGAAAGCCCACGACAUGGCACCAGUUGCCUGGGCGUUGAUGGUAGCAUCGGCACUGUCAAGUAAUGUUAGUACUAUAUUCCCGGCAGCUCCGCCCCUAAUGCAGCAUCACUUACGAAGUCUGCGAGUCCUUACUGCCAGACCACAUAAUUACAUCGGCAGGCGAUGUCUUGGUCUGGACAGUCUUUUCGUACGCGUCGUCACCCUUGUAUGCAGUCUUGGCAAAGCCCAUAACGGCGCUCGCGAGACCGCCGAAAUCGCCACGAGCAUACGCUCCGACAGCUGAGAGGAGACCUUGGCCAGCCUCCUUGGCCAGGUUCGGCUCCUUUAGGACACCCUUGGUUGAGUAGACGUAGGGCAAGUCCAUGGCUGUUGCAGAGUGACAGGAAUCAAAAAUGGCCGUCAGGCGAACACCCGGUUGCAAAGGUCGGACUGUAAUGGCAUGGAUUUCGUCAUCGACAAUUUGUCCGGCUCUGGCAUGGUCGACGGGGUAAAUUGUUUCAUCAAAGCCGUCGUCUUCGUCGCCGUCGAGAUCCUCGGUCUGACCACCAUGACCUAUUCAAAUGUUGUUAGUUACCAAAAUAGACCCGUAGAAAGAUCAUCGAUAUAGCUUACCAGAGUAGUGCAAGAAAAGAGCAUCGUUAGGCUGAGCACCGUUUACAAGCCACUGCAUAGCCUUGAGGAUAUUUUCUCUGGUGGGUAUCUUGCGCGGAUCCUGCUGAUCAUCAGUCAAGAUGACCAUAUCUUCCCACUUGUAGUUGUAUCGUUCGUUCAAAAAGGUUGACAUAUUCUUGGUAUCAUUGAUACAUCCUCGAAGCUCGCCAUUCUGACCGAAAUAGUUGAUGCCAAUCAGCAACGCCUUGCGACGACCAGAGCAAUUGGAGUAUUGAAACGUGUAGCCCUGCGGCGCACCGUUACCGAAGGACUGAGGUGCUGAAGGGGGAGGUGCACCCCAACCCUGUCGUUGCUGAUUCUGCUGAGGAUAGCCGUAGGAGUUAUAGCCCGGAGGUGGUGGUUGGUUAGGCGGAGGGUAUUGGUUCCAACCACCUUGAGGCGGGGGAGGGCCACCAUAUCCUUGGGGAGGAGGAGGGCCACCAUAGCCCUGAGGAGGGCCUUGAGGAGGUCCCCAAUUCUGUUGAGGAGGAGGGCCUCCAUAGCCUUGAGGCGGUCCGCCUUGAGGAGGACCAUAGCCCUGAGGUUGUCCGUAACCGCCGCCGCCGUAGCCAGGAGGGCCAGUGGGAGGAGGGGCAUGACCAUAGCCUUGGCCGUAGCCCUGCGCGCCGCCAGGGUGGUUGGCAGCACCAUAAUGUCCUUGGCCAGGAUAUGCCAUUCUUGCGAUCGAAAGGGAUGAAUCGGGUAGAUGGACAGGACAGAUUUGGGUGGGUUGAAGAUGACAAGAGACGAUGGUUUAGCUGAACGGUGAUGACGGUGCUUGUGUGGAUCGAGGGGCGACAAAGGUGGACCGAGCGAGGCUGAGUCCGAAGCUUGCUGCUGGCGGGGUUGGUAAAAGAGCGCACCAGCUGUCACAGCUGCGUCAGAUGGCUUUCUUUUAGAAGGCAGGAACACCAGCUGGCAGUUUUGGGUACACAAAAUUUUAUCAUAACUGAACACCACUCGUAUCGUAGAAAUUCUUGCUCUUUUUCAGAGAAUGCCUCUAACACAACACCACACUGGUGCAAUGCCCCGCGCCAGCCAAUGUAACAGGGAGGGGGGGAGGCCAACUGACUGGCGAAGCUUGCGUCACGCCUGCCUUACAUUAAAUGGAUGCCCGAAUCCCGACCCGCAGGACGGAUUUCUAUAGGUUGGCUGCCCAGUCUUCAAGGGUCACUGCGGUAUUCGGACCCGUGCUUUGUGUUCGGCACCGAUUUGCCGUCUACGCCAUUUCUUUUCUGUAAGUCAGAUCUCCUGCAGAACAGGCCUGACAGGGGUCGGCUGAGGCCGCCUGGUCUGCAGUUGCGGCUUGCAUAUCCUUCUUAAAUUGCCUGUUGGCCGGCUCCGUCGGGGAAGUCCCUUCUCAAGACUCUUCAUUUCUUGUUGCAUAAACAUUCUUUUGUAAAUAUCGCCGUGACCAUGGCCACGUAUAGUAUGCCCCCAAACUACGGCAACGCGGGUGUUGGCGGUGGCUACCCGCCCCAACCGCCGUCGCCUUAUUCUCCUCAGUACCAACCUCCACCCGGUUCACCACCACUUCCCCAAGGCUGGAUCCCUCUUUACGAUCAAAGACACCAAAGAUGGUACUAUGCCGAACAAGCAACAGGGCGAACCCAGUGGGAAGCUCCGGGCGGCCAGCCACCACCACAGCAAUACCCUCCUCCUCAACAAUACCCGCCGCAACAGUAUGGAUCUCAGCAACAGCCCAAUAGAGGUUCAAAUGAUACAGGUAGAGCAUCAGGCAGCAGUCGACUCGGUGGUGCGGGUGGCAUGGCCCUAGGUGCAUUGGGAGGUGCCGCUGUAGGCUUCGUCGGAGCUGAAGUUCUAGGUCACGAGGCGCACAAGGUGCAUAACUUUAUCGAUCGUAAAGAGGACGAGGUUCAUAAUUAUGUGGACCGGAAAGAGGAUGAAGUUGAGGAAUUUUUUGAGAGGCGAAGCAGAAGCAGUAGCAGCAGCAGCUCCUCAAGCUCGUCACGAUCAUCAUCAAGACAUUCAUACAGGCGGUAUGAUUAUGAAGAACGUCGUGAGUAUCGAGAUGAAGACGGCCAUGACUAUGUCGAAGAAACACAUGAAUAUCGACGCGGAAAUGAGUAUGUUGAAGAAAGAGACUAUUACGAGGACGGCAACGAAUACGCUGAAGAACGGUACGAGUAUGACGACUAGUUUAACUAUUUCUCGGUAAAUACAGAAAAAGACCCAAUUCAGUUCAUUAUUGAUAUCU